UAUGGAAUCUUUGCACUUCCACUUUGAGUUGGUAAAGAUUAUUCAGCAUAAGCUGACAUAAUUGGCUGUGCUGGGAAUGUGCACAAUCUGGAUGGUUGGAAAUCUAAUGGCCUGGAGAUAUCAUUCUCUUAUAUUUUACAGACAUGCUAGGUGAUAAAAUCAGAGCAGGUAUAGUUCCCGUCCUCUAGAAACUGACAAUUGAAACUAACACCAGUACUAAUCACAUGGUGGACACUGCAGAGCACUUCACUCCUCUGCUCUACUCCUUACAAGAAUCCCUGUAGCAAGGUGUCAUUUUACAGGUGGGGAAACUCAGGCUCAGGAAGACCUGGCCCCAGGUCACAUUGCUAGUAAGUGGCAGAGCUGAAUUGAGAGUCAGAGCUGCUUGACCCACAGCCUGAAUUCCUCCUCAGGGCACCUUUGCCUCUUAGGAGGAGGAGGGCAGAAGGAGACUGAUCGCAAGCUGGUUUCUAACUGGCUGGUUUGAGAAUGGGGAAGAGGUCAUGUGCAUAGCACCGGGCGCCACAGUAACCACCGUCUCACAUGGCCAUCUUCAGUACUUCCUGUAUGGCUUCAGUUUCAUUUCACUGGCUGUUUAAGGACCGGUACUCUUCAUAUGACAGCUGAGUAUGGCACAUGAUCUCCUCAAUUCAGUGGCGUCCAGCAGCUGGAGGGUCUGUCAGCCAUGGAGGUGGAAGUCAGGUGCAGCUGCAGCGGCUGCCACCACAGAAACAGCCCAGCAUGCCCAGGGUGCAAAACCUCAAGUUCAACCGCAGAAGAGGUAUGAGUCUAACAUCAGGAAGCCAAAAACUGGAAUAUUAAUGCUAAACAUGGGAGGCCCUGAAACUCUCGGAGAUGUUCACGACUUCCUUCUGAGACUCUUCUUGGACCGAGACCUCAUGACGCUUCCUAUUCAGAAUAAGCUGGCACCAUUCAUCGCCAAACGCCGAACUCCCAAGAUUCAAGAGCAGUACCGCAGGAUUGGAGGCGGAUCCCCCAUCAAGAUAUGGACUUCCAAGCAGGGAGAGGGCAUGGUGAAGCUGCUGGAUGAAUUGUCCCCCAACACAGCCCCUCACAAAUACUAUAUUGGAUUUCGGUACGUUCAUCCUUUAACAGAAGAAGCAAUUGAAGAGAUGGAGAGAGAUGGCCUAGAAAGGGCUAUUGCUUUCACACAGUAUCCACAGUACAGCUGCUCCACCACAGGCAGCAGCUUAAAUGCCAUUUACAGAUACUAUAAUCAAGUGGGACGGAAGCCCACGAUGAAGUGGAGCACUAUUGACAGGUGGCCCACACAUCGCCUCCUCAUCCAGUGCUUUGCAGAUCAUAUUCUAAAGGAACUGGACCAUUUUCCACUUGAGAAGAGAAGCGAGGUGGUCAUUCUGUUUUCUGCUCACUCACUGCCGAUGUCUGUGGUCAACAGAGGCGACCCAUAUCCUCAGGAGGUAAGCGCCACUGUCCAAAAAGUCAUGGAAAGGCUGGGGUACUGCAACCCCUACCGACUGGUGUGGCAAUCCAAGGUUGGUCCGAUGCCCUGGUUGGGUCCUCAAACAGACGAAUCUAUCAAAGGGCUUUGUGAGAGGGGGAGGAAGAAUAUCCUCUUGGUUCCCAUAGCGUUUACCAGUGACCAUAUUGAAACGCUGUAUGAGCUGGACAUCGAGUACUCUCAAGUUUUAGCCAAGGAGUGUGGAGUUGAAAACAUCAGAAGAGCUGAGUCUCUUAAUGGAAAUCCAUUGUUCUCUAAGGCCCUGGCCGACUUGGUGCAUUCACACAUCCAGUCAAACGAGCUGUGUUCCAAGCAGCUGACCCUGAGCUGUCCGCUCUGUGUCAAUCCUGUCUGCAGGGAGACUAAAUCCUUCUUCACCAGCCAGCAGCUGUGACCCCCGCCGGUGGACCCCGUGGCAUUAGGCAAAUGCCCAACCUCCAGAUACCUCCGAUGUGGAGAGGAUGUUAUUUAGAGAUCAAGGAAGGAAGUCAUCCUUCCUUGAUAUAUAUACAGCCUUUGGGUAAAAAUUGUGUGGUUUCUUGAGGAUUGGACUCUUGAUGGAUUUCUAUUUUUAUAUAACUAUACAGUAAGCAUUUGUAUUUUCUCUCUCUAGGUAUAAGUUACUAGUUUGGAAUGUCCAUUAGGACCUUUAAUAAAUGAGUUAAAAAUUUGUCUUAUGAGACACAUCUAUUUUAAGUACAGAUUUUGGCUUUAUUGCCCAAAACCCUCCUGAAAGGGUACGGAGAGUCCCCUCUGUGGGCUGGCAGUGUGAAUGAGAUCUGUUUAGUCUCGUGCAUAUAGUUGCUGUUUUUUAAAUGAACAUAGUUGAGUAUUUGAAGUGAAUUUGAAAAAGAACUGUUACUUAAUCUUUCCCUAAGCCCAUGGGUUACAGAAUGCUAGGGAGGCAAUUUGGUUACCUGCAAUGGCUGCUUUUGCCAGCGAGGCCACCAUUCAUUGGUCAUCUUGGUAUUUGUGUGUGAAUCUCACUUUUCUCAAUGUAAAAAGGAAUCAAGUAUGGAUUUCAGAAGUGCUCUGAGAUUCCCCAUACACCCAAGGCUAAUAAACGUGUACAAGUACAGUGUUCAUGAUACGUGCCUUGGUGGGAGUCCGUGGUGCCACAGGGAAGGGGCUCCCACUGCUUCUGGUCUCCAGGGACAGUGCUGCUGGAAAGGCUAGUGAUGAGCUUCACCCUGGAGCUCCUCCCGGGACCUUGCAAGCUCUCCAUCCAGCAUCUUCUCUAUCUUAGUUGAAUGCCUUCUUUCUGAACAUUUGUUUUAAGAAUUAUUUUAUAAAGUCAACAAUACUUUGCUUGAAUUCUUUCUUAAUUUACGAUUUUUUAUUAUAAAAAUUUAUAGCGAUACAAUGGGACAUGUGAAGAAUACAGAAAAGUAACCACUUUAAUGCAAUAACUAUUAUCAUAAUAUUGUAUUUCACGCUAGUCCUUUCCUGUAGAUAUUUUUAAUGCCAUUUAAUGCCAUUGUCACCUUGGAUUUAUGAGUGAAAAGUGUUUCUAAAAAUAUAGAAAUAAUGUCAGAUCAGAAUCUGAUCUUCUAUGUUUGUAUUUAAGUGGAUUAAAAGAUCCCCGGUGGUUCCAUGAAGAAUUUGUAAAGAUCACUUUCUCUUUCCUCCAAGCCCUGAAACUUUGUUCUUCAAAAGAGCGUUUCUUUUUUUUUUUUUUUUAAGCCAGUUUAUAAAGUGGAAGUAUUAGGAGAUUCAUAAAUCUUCUAUAUUGAGAAUUGGCUAUGUUAAUAAAUAUUACAACAUCA